AUGGAGCGAGAAGAAGUCAUAAUUAGUAAUGGAAAUGGUCUUCAAAGCACGAAAAUGCUUUCUGAUCGUAUCAUGGCGGUUUGUUAUGUCGAGACUGUCUUCAGAGACGAGAGAUCAGGCAGAGAGCGUUUGAAGCGAGGAACGGGUUUCCUUUCGAAGCUAAACUUGGAAGGUGAUGUCUUUGGCGUUUUCACGAAUCACCACGUGCUUGGGACGGUUGCAGAAGCCGGAAACGCUGAGGCCACCUUCGGUUAUGAGGGAUCAAGUGCCGGGGAAAAAGUAAAAUUAAGACCAGAGAUCAUGUUUCGAACUCAAAAGGAACUUGACUACACUUUUGUUGGUGUUAAUAAGCAAGAUCUUGACAGUUUACAACAAAGGGUUGAACCAAUACCAAUUGCGCCUGAACCAGAACUGAGACAAGAGGAUAGUGUUAUGAUAUUCCAACACCCCAAGGGACGCAGAAAAGAAUACAGCCAAGACAAGAUUAUCAGUAUUGAAAAACCAUUCGUGUUCUACCAGGCUGAUACAGAGACAGGGUCUUCAGGAUCACCUGUACUUACAGCUGUCGGGCUAAAGCUGAUAGCCAUCCAUCACAAAGGAAGUGAAGAGGGGGGCUACAACAAGGGAACUCUGAUCAGUGAGGUUCUCAUGCAUCUAGAAAAAGAAACAUAUACUAAGCCCUCUGGCAGCAUCUCAGACAGUCAAGAUAGGGAAAUCUUUGAAGAUAUGCCUCCAAGAAAAAGGCCAAGGCAUGACCAGGAGGACAUCGAAAAUGGCAUGCCAUCAGAAGAGGCCCUUGGAGACCUGGCGCAACACAUAACUCCAUUUUGGAAACCCUUGGGGCGCAAACUUAAAGUUCCCAAUGCCAAACUUGAGGAAAUUCAGAGUGACAAUGUGCAGUACCCAGCAGUGAAAGAAAAGGCAUUUCAAAUGCUGAUGAUGUCUUCCUCUGUUUCUCACGCGUCGAAAAAUCUCUACAUGGACAAUGCGUGGCUUGGAGUUGUCGGACAUUUCGUUGUGUACGUUUUGUGGAGAGCAUAA